CAACAGGAAAAUAAACCGAUAUCUCAGAGUACAGCUGUUCAUUGCGUCGUUAAGUCGUGUACUAUGUGGUUGAAAUACGCUGUUCUGUUCUUCUACGCGAUCGUCGUCAAGUCUGGAGAAAUUGGUGACAAAUGUGUUCCAAACGACGAUGUGACUGACGGGUCGUGUAUGAUUAUUACUGAUUGUAAGGUCGCUGUGAGGGCGAUCAGACAAAACUAUUUUCACCCGUUCACAAGAUGUGGCUUCCACCAAGUGAUGGAGAUUGUGUGCUGUCCACCAGAGGAUUAUGUGUUGCCAGGUAAAAACAAGAAUACCGAGCGACCGAGGACUACCACUGUGCCACCCCUAACUACUACUGUAUCGGUUAAAAAACAAGCUGAAGAUAGGCCAAAGAGAAUUGCAGAAAUAGAAUGUCAGAAGAUAAUAGAGAAGAGUGGACCGCCUCUAGAUCUGCACAUAGUGGGUGGCAGCGUCGCCUCACCGGGGGAGUUCCCGCAUAUGGCGGCUCUAGCUUACAAACGCGAGGAGGGCUACCUGUUCCAGUGCGGCGGCUCGCUCAUCUCAGAGUCCUUCAUCCUGUCAGCAGCUCACUGUGUGGAUACACUUGACAUGAUAAAACCUGAGUUUGCUCGACUGGGUACUGUGCUGCUGGGUAGCCGAGACUUCAACGACACGACCGACACAAGAGUCACUGAUAUAUACCUCUUUCCCGAGUAUAAAAGGAUCAGCAAAUAUCACGAUUUGGCUUUACUCAGGUUAGAGAAGCCGGUGCGAUUCACAGAGGACCUGAGUCCCAUAUGCCUGUACACGUCCAUUAGCGACCCUGAAAUACCCCUCAUGGUCACCGGUUGGGGAAGAACUGACUUCAAACGUGACGACGGCAGCGAGGUCCUGCUGAAGGCUCGUAUAUCGGCGGUGGCGGUCAGCAAGUGCCGAGAGCACUACGACGCCUACCGCCGCCUGCCCGACGGCGUCAUACCGGCACAGAUCUGCGCCGGCGACCAGAACGGCUUGAAGGAUUCGUGCCAGGGUGACUCCGGUGGUCCGCUGCAAGUGCUCAACAGCGAUGACAGCCGCUACCGUCUGGUCGGCAUCACGUCAUUCGGUCGCGGCUGCGGCUCGCCCGUGCCCGGCGUCUACACGCGCGUCGCACACUACCUCGACUGGAUCGAGACGAAUGUGUGGCCGCAGAGCAAGUUGUAACACCCAUUACCAUAAAUUCCUUAGGGUUGUAGUGGCACC